AUGGCAGGCAGGGUUGCGGCCAAGUUUAAGUUGCAGGGCGAGAUGCAGGCUGGCGGCGCCGUGCCCGAGACCCUGGAAUGCUGGAAUGCAGGGUCUACAGCGGUCGCUGGCUCGGCCUUUUUGCACGUGCUUGCACCGGCAGCAUCUAGCGUUCCCACUGCCCCGGACAUUCACGGCCAGCGCCACCGAAUAGCCUCGGGCCAAGCAGCCGUGUCAGACGCCGUGUGCUGCUCCAAGACGAAUGACGGCCGGCCGGGCAAUGAAUGGCCUAUUUCCAUAGCUCUCUCUCUCUCUUGCAUCCAUCCAUCCAUCCAUUCUCAAUCUCAAUCCCAUCACUGUCCCUUCGCAGCACCGGCUCGGGUUUCCAAUUGGAGGCGUAGACGUGCAUUGUCGACUUCGCUUCCGUGUUCCCAUCCUCAAGCACCCUAUUCCCCUUGGUCAGGGACAUCCCUUUCGCAGCAAAAAAACUCAGCAUUCGAUAUGGUCGCCGCCGCCGCUCCGUCCGCCUCGGGAGGCGAACAGUUGGAGAAGAAGCCCGUCAAGUUCUCCAACCUGCUCCUCGGCGCCGGCCUCAACAUGUUUGAAGUCACCACCCUCGGCCAGCCCCUCGAGGUCACCAAGACCACCAUGGCCGCCAACCGUGGCGACGGCUUUGCUGCGGCCUUGAGCCGUAUCUGGUCUCGAGGUGGUGUUCUCGGCUUCUACCAGGGCCUCAUCCCCUGGGCCUGGAUCGAAGCCUCCACCAAGGGCGCUGUCCUCCUCUUUGUCGCCUCCGAGGCCGAGUACUACGCCCGCUCCUUUGGCGCCUCCGAGUUUGGCGGCGGCAUCGUCGGCGGCAUGACGGGCGGCGUCGCCCAGGCCUACGCCACCAUGGGCUUCUGCACCUGCAUGAAGACGGUCGAGAUCACCAAGCACAAGCAGGCCGCCUCGGGCGUCAAGCCCCAGUCCACCUUUGCCACCUUCAUGGACAUUUACCGCAAGGACGGCAUCCGCGGCAUCAACAAGGGCGUCAACGCCGUCGCCAUCCGCCAGAUGACCAACUGGGGCUCCCGCUUCGGCCUCAGCCGCCUCGCCGAGGGCGGCAUCCGCAGCGCCACCGGCAAGGGCGACAAGGACAAGCUCUCGGCCGUCGAGAAGAUUGGCGCCUCGGCCAUCGGCGGUGGCCUCUCCGCCUGGAACCAGCCCAUCGAGGUCAUCCGCGUCGAGAUGCAGUCCAAGACGGACGACCCCAACCGCCCCAAGAAGAUGACGGUCGGCAACACCUUUCGCUACAUUUACAACACCAACGGUUUUGCUGGCCUCUACCGUGGUGUCGCUCCCCGCAUCGGUCUCUCCAUCUGGCAGACGGUCUGCAUGGUUGCCUUUGGUGACAUUGCCAAGACGUACGUCGAGAAGCUCACCGGCGAGCAGGCUACCGCUAAGCAUUAA